AUGUUCAACAUCUUCUUCGUGAUGGCUGCGAUGGUUUUGAUGAUCCACGCUGCAAAUUACUGCAUGAAAGAGGAGGAUUUGACCGAUGACAAAUUUUACGAUGAGCUCCAAACUAAUUUGUUCAAGAAUCAGCAGCAUAGAGUGGUAGAACUCGAGUGCCCAGACCUGAAAGAUAAUUCUACGUGCCUCUAUAUUGUUGAUAGAAUAGGAUAUUCUGGUGAUGGAUCUUGGUUUGUUGCUAGAUUCCUGACACCCGUCCCAUCCCUCACCAAAGGAUUUCUAUCGGUUUCACUGCUUUCCAAGCCAGUUUUCAAGACAAUGAGCACGGUGGAUACUGCUGUUUGGCCAGUUGAUAUUGGAACCAUGGAUGCUCUCACCCCGAAUGCUUAUGAAUUGACAUCCCUCUUCACAAGUGGACACUAUCCGCUGAGUACUGAAAUUUCUGGAAAUAUUACGUUUCUUGGAGUGGCUACUGGUGGAUUGAUGUCGUUUUUGGGGAUGCAUUUUAAGAAUCUGAAUCUCACUGGAAUUGAUAUCAACCCACAAUCUGAGUACUUGGCGAAGAAAUGGUUUGGAUACAAGGAUCGAGAAAAUUCUAGAAUUUUGAUUGGAGACGGAGCAGAGUAUAUCAAGGAAAUGGCUAGAAGAGGUGAAAAUUCUGACGCUGUUUUGAUUGAUGCAUGCCAUAAUAUUGAGCCAGAGGAUGGUAUUUAUUGUCCGGUCGAAGCAUUGAGAACUCCUGAAUUCUUGGAUAGUCUUUCCAGAGUUAUUGGGUCUAAAGGAAUCACCACAUUCAACUUGUUUAAUCUCUACAAUAAAUCGGGAGGAUAUGAGAAAAUUUGGGAGAACUUCAGUCAACACUUCGUUGAUUGUCAUCUCACUAGAAAUGAUAUUGGAAAUGCGUUUUUGAUGUGCUCCAACUACAAGCUUGAUCGCAGUAAAGUUGAUAUUCCAAAGACGAGAGAAUUCUUGAGGCAGUUGAGAAUUCAAGGAUUCAUGGUGAGAAUUCUUGCGUCAUUCCUAUAA